AUGCCUGUACUGGCCCCGCUUCGUACGACCAUCAGACCCCAGACCUGGAAGACAGGCAUCGCCCUGCGCUUCGAACUCUACGGCUGCCAGAUCACUGGUAAGAAAAGCUAUGUUGCUUUCAAACCAAGGCAUAAACAGUAGAGAGAACUGAAGAUGAAAUCCAAGUUUUUGUAAUAAAAUGUCCCUGUCCAUGUCUUCACUCAACCACUCAUCACCAAAUUAUUAGAGCUAUAGUGAGCUAGCUGUAAUUAGGUUUGUCUAGUUAUAGUUGCCACUGUCAUUAGCAGUGAUUUGUUUCCCCCCACAUCACAACAUAAUAUAAUAUGCCAUUUAGCAGACACUUUUAUCCAAAGCGACUUACAGUCACGUGUGCAUACAUUUUUACCUAUGGGUGAUCCCGGGGAUCGAACCCACUACCCUGGCGUUACAAGUGCCAUGCUCUACCAAUUGAGCUACAGAGGACCACGAAAGGAGACGGGCUGUUUAGCUCAGAUGCUAUCAUUACAUGAAAGGAGACGGGCUGAUUAGCUCAGAUGCUAUCGUCACAUGAAAGGAGACGGGCUGAUUAGCUCAGAUGCUGUCAUCACAUGAAAGGAGACGGGCUGUUUAGCUCAGAUGCUAUCAUCACAUGAAAGGAGACGGGCUGUUUAGCUCAUAUGCUAUCGUCACAUGAAAGGAGACGGGCUGUUUAGCUCAGAUGCUAUCAUCACAUGAAAGGAGACGGGCUGUUUAGCUCAGAUGCUAUCGUCACAUGAAAGGAGACAGGCUGUUUAGCUCAGAUGCUAUCAUCACAUGAAAGGAGUCAGGCUGUUUAGCUCAGAUGCUAUCGUCACAUGAAAGGAGACGGGCUGUUUAGCUCAGAUGCUAUCGUCACAUGAAAGGAGACGGGCUGUUUAGCUCAGAUGCUAUCAUUACAUGAAAGGAGACGGGCUGUUUAGCUCAGAUGCUAUCAGCGCUACCAUCACACACACACACAUUGGCCCCUGAUGUCACACAUUGGCCCCUUUAUUUAUAGAAAGACCCAUGUGUUUUGUAGUGAUGUGAUGAAUAGAUGAGAGACUGGGUGGUCACGUGUAUUAGCCAUGCAUUGGAUGCAAUAGUUUUAGUGAUAUGGUCAGCAAAUUGUUUCAUCAUGUCAUAGCUUGAGGGACAGUGAGUGACCAUAAGUUAAAACACACACACAUCAAACUCCAUCAUUAUAUUAUUUGCUGCCAUUUUUGUUGACACUGAGAAGGACAGAUGUGCUUUUAGCGACAGAAAGCUCUCUCAAGCCUGACACAAAUGACACAUAAACUAAAUACUGUUGUCCAUAUUAGCUAUUAGUGUCCCUGGGCCUGGCUGGCUGGCUGGCUGGCUGGCUGGCUGGCUGGCUGGCUGGCUGGCUGGCUGGCUGGCUGCACACUCAAAAGGAAACGAGACAUGAGACCCACACACAUACACACACCUCCCACACACUCACCGCCCACACACACAUAGCGGGGAUGCCAGCCAUAGGCUACAGGGUGUGGCAGACCCAUACAGGAAGACCUAAAGCAUUCAGUCACUGACCUGUCAUCAGCUGUUCUCUGGGAUGAGGGCUGGCUGUGUCCCUCUGUCUCUGUCUCUGUCUCUGUCUCUGUCUCUGUCUCUGCCUCUGCCUCGUCUCUGCUCUAUGCCUCUGCUCUGCCUCUGCCUUGCCUCUGUCUCUGUCUCUGUCUCUGUCUCUGUCCUCUGUCCUCUGGUCUCUGUUCUGUCUCUGUCUUGUCUCUGUCUAUGCAUCUGCCUCUGUCUUCGUCUCUGUCUCGGUCUCUGUCCUCUGGUCUCUGUCUCUGUCUCUGUCUCUGUCUAUUCUCGUCUCUUGUCUCAUGUCAUCUUGUUCUGCCUAUGCCUAUGCUCUGAAUCUGCUCUCUCUCAUAACUCUCUCUCUGCUCUGAUCUCUCGCUAUAUAUAUGUUAUCUGUCUAUGGCUAUGUCUCUAUCGUAUAUCUUCUCUAGAUCGAUGAGCUAGAGAGAUCGAGCGAUAUCGCUAGAUAUCUCGAUCUCUCUCUUCUCUCUCUCUUCUCUCUCUCUCUUCUCUCUCUUCAUCCCUUGUUUCAGGAGGACCUACACCACAAUCACCCUUUAUUUGUUAACACCUUUUUCAUUUUCACACCUUGUGUGGAGGGAGAGAAAACAGCUUUAUUCCCUGAGCACUAGUAAAGGAUUGUGUGAGGGAGGGAAAACAGCUUUAUUCCGUGAGUAUUAGUAAAUGAUUGUGUUUGGGAGGUGCUUUAGGUGCCCACUCUGUUUUAAGUUACAGCCCUAUGGACCCUGGUCAAAAGCAGUGUGCUAUAUAGGGCGAAGGGUGCCAUUUGGGACACAGAGAAAGAGUGGCUUGUGUUUGUUGAAGCCAACUGCUGUGACAGAACUACAUGAAACAUUGAUCUCACUAGCCUUGAAAUGUCAACGUCAGUCUUCCUCAAUGCUCAUUACCCAUCUCUCUUUUCUUCCUUCCCCUAACCUCCCCUUCCCCCUAACCUCCCCUACCCCUAACCUCCCCUUCCCCUAACCUCCCAUACCCCUAACCUCACCUUCCCCCUAACCUCCCCUACCCCUAACAUCCCCUACCCCUAACCUCCCUUCCCCCUAACCUCCCCUUCCCCCUAACCUCCCCUUCCCCUAACCUCCACUUCCCCUAACCUCCCCUACCCCUAACCUCCACUUCCCCCUAACCUCCCCUUCCCCUAACCUCCCCUUCCCCUAACCUCCACUUCCCCUAACCUCCACUUCCCCUAACCUCCCCUACCCCUAACCUCCCCUAACCCUGAAUCUGUGUCCAGGAAACCGGCCCUAGAUAUAUUUUAAAUGUGUUCAAUAAAAUGAAUAAAUUCAUACUCCCCUCCAGACGCUCCGUGUUCUGAGAUGCAGGGGAUGCUGUCCGGCCUUCUGCCUGACUCCCAGAUCACAGCGUCCUCCACGAGGGAUAUCCACGGCUCCAUGGGGACAGCUAGGCUGGUAGCCAGCAGGUCAGGAUGGUCCCCCAGCCCAACGCAGCCUCUGGCCGGGGAGGAGUGGCUCCAGGUAUACAACAUUACCUCUUCACACUGGCCAACCCAGAAACAAUGUUUGUCUUAGCUUUUAGUGUUCUCACUGUAAAGUGCUGUAAAGUGUGUUGCGAUUUUAAAUGCACUUUAGGUAAAGUUGGAUUUGAUUUGUUUUGAUCCAGGUGGACUUGGGGGUCCCUAAGACAGUGCGAGGCAUCAUCACCCAGGGGGCGAGGAGUGUGGAGGGGAGUACCUCAGCUGAGAACAGGGCCUUCGUCAGGAAGUACCGCGUGUCUCACAGCAUGACGGGCAAGGACUGGACCUUUAUACUGGACAGCAAGACCAACCACCCUAAGGUAUGGGGAACACACACACACACACACACACACACUGACCAACUGUGCCAAGGUGGGGGAUAUGUGUGCACACAAGCUUGCACGCACGCACGCACACACACACACACACACACACACGCAAGCACACACACACACAAGCACACACACAAGCACACACAAGCACACACACACACACACACACAUACAUACAUACACACACACACACACACACACACACACACACACACACACACACACACACACAAUCACACACACACACACAUACACACACAUACACACACACACAUGCAUACACACACACACACACACACACACACACAUACAUACAUACACACACACACACACACACACACAUACACACACUCCUGUCUGCGUCUGUCACUGCUCCCUCUGAGGUUUAGGGUCCCUCUCCUCCUAUUCCCUAUUUAGUACACUACUGUUGACUGCUGUUGACUACUGUUGACUGCUGUUGACUACUGUUGACUACUGUUGACUGCUGUUGACUACGGUUGACAACGGUUGACUACUGUUGACUACGGUUGACUACGGCUGACUACUGUUGACUGCUGUUGACUGCUAUUGACUGCUGUUGACUACUGUUGACUACGGUUGGCUACUGUUGACUACUGUUGACUACUGUUGACUACGGUUGACUACGGCUGACUACUGUUGACUGCUGUUGACUGCUAUUGACUGCUGUUGACUACUGUUGACUACGGUUGACUACUGUUGACUACUGUUGACUACUUUUGACCACUGUUGACUACUGUUGACUACUGUUGACCACUGUUGACUACUGUUGACUACUGUUGACUGCAGUUAACUACUAUUGACUACUGUUGACUACUGUUGACAUCUUUUGACAACGUUUGACUACUGUUAACUACUGUUGACUACUUUUGACUACUUUGGACUACGUUUGACUACUGUUGACUAAAGUUGACAACUUUUGACUAAUUUGGACUAUUGUUGACCACUGUUGACUACUGUUGACCACUGUUGACUACUUUUGACAACUUUUGACUACUGUUGACUACUGUUGACUACUGUUGACUACUGUUGACUGCAGUUGACUACUAUUGACUACUGUUGACAACUUUUGACAACUGUUGACUACUGUUGACUACUGUUGACUACUUUUGACUUAUUUGGACUACUUUUGACUACUGUUGACUACUGUUGACUACUUUUGACUACUUUGGACUACUGUUGACUACUGUUGACUACGGUUGACAACUUUUAACAACUUUUGACUACUGUUGACUAUUGUUGACUACUUUUGACUACUGUUGACUACUGUUGACUACUGUUGACUACUUUUCACUACUUUUGACCACUGUUGACUACUGUUGACUACUGUUGACUGCUGUUGACUACUGUUGACUACUGUUGACUACUUCGGCUACUGUUGACUACUGUUGACUACUUUUCACCACUGUUGACUACUGUUGACUACUGUUGACUACUGUUGACUGCUGUUGACUACUGUUGACUACUUUGACUACUGUUGACUAAUGUUGACUACUUUUCACUACUGUUGACUACUGUUGACUGCUGUUGACUGCUGUUGACUGCUGUUGACUACUGUCGACUACUGUUGACUACUUUUGACUACUGUUGACUACUGUUGACUACUUUUGACUACUGUUGACUACUGUUGACUACUUUUGACCACUUUUGACUACUGUUGACUACUGUUGACUACUGUUGACUGCAGUUGACUACUAUUGACUACUGUUGACUACUGUUAACUACUUUUGACUACUGUUGACUACUGUUGACUACUUUGACUACUGUUGACUACUUUUGGGACGCACCCAGUGACUCAGUCGUCAGAUUCCGAGACUCUCCUCUCCUCUUCCGUCCCUCCAAUUUCAUUACAGUGUGAGCUACUCUGAUUGCAUAUACAUUUAAUAUUUUACACUUGUGUUAAUAAAACUAAAAAUACUCCACUACAGGCAAUUCAAUGCUCCAGCAGGCAACUUCCCACACACACACACACACACAUGCACACGCACGCACGUACACACACACACACACACUACUACCAGACAGAGACACACACACUCACACACACACGCACGCACACACACACACACACACACUACUACCAGACAGACACACACACACACACGCACACACAGGCAACUUCCCACACGCACACAAGCACACACACACACACACACACACACACACACACACACACACACACACACACACACACACACACACACACACUGCUCCUCCAAAGCUCUCCUGCUGUUCCAUCUAAAAACCUUCCUGUCAUUGUCUCUGCCACAGAUCUUCGAGGGAAACACGCACUACGACACUCCGGAGAUCCGGCGGUUUGAGGAGAUACCGGCUCAGUUCAUCAGGAUCUACCCAGAGAGGUGGUCUCCUGCUGGGAUAGGGAUGAGGCUGGAGGUCCUGGGGUGCGAACUGCCAGGUAAGACGGCAUUACUCUCCCUCAACCUAACCGAUCAGGGCAGACAAAAGUUGUGCUAUCUGUCAAACGCAUGCUACUGCAAAGUGGAUAGCAGUGUCUGCUAA